CUUCAACUUCAAUAGAUGGAGAUCCCUGACCAGACCGAUCCCUGCGCGAUCUGUCUCGGUUCCAUGGACGCCGCCGGUGGUCAGGCCAUCUUCACGGCGGGGUGCUCCCACACGUUCCAUUUCAGCUGCAUCUCCGCCGGCGUCUGCCCGCUCUGCAACGCGCCGACCCGCGGCCUGCCGUUCCUGCGACCCACGCGGCCUCCGCCUCCGCCUCCACCUCCACCUCCACCGCCUCGGCCGGUGCAAUCGCAGCCAGGGACCCAUCCCCUCCGCCCGUGCAUCGUUCCCCCGCGGCAGCCACCUCCCGUGCAUUUUGUGUCGCUCAUUCCCACGCAGCCACCGACACCGCCGCCGCCUCCGCCCGUGCAUUCCGUGCACGGUCAGCCACCGACACCACUGACAUCGUCGUGGCCUCGCAUUCCCACGCAGACACGGCACGUGCAUUUCGUCCACAGUCAGCCACCGACACCCCCGCCGCCUCCGCCCGUGCAUUCUGUGCACGAUCAGCCACCGACACCACCGACAUCGUCGUGGCCGCGCAUUCCCACGCAGCCACGACAGCCGCCGCCACGGCCCGCGCAUUUCGUGCACGAUCACCCACCGCCGCCGCCUCCGCCGCCGCCGCCCGUGCGUUCCAUACGCCGUCAGCCACCGCCGCCGCCACCGCCCGUGCAUUCCGCGCAUGGUCAGUCAUCGCCACCAAUGACAUCGUCGUGGCCGCGCUUACCCACGCAGCUACGUCCGCCGCCACCGCCGCCCCCACCGCCACCCGUGCGUAUCCGUCAGGCUCAGCCGCGUAUGGUCGUCUUCGACGACGACGAGCAGGUUGGUCCGACCUCUGGGCCGCCAGCUGACAACCCAUCACCAGUCGCCGCGUCGAACGAAUCAGUUGUCGUCAACACGCACAUCGAGUACCCGGCCAUAGCCAGGGAUUCGUCCAGCGACAAUUUCGCCGUGCUCGUGCACGCCCAGGCUCCCAGGAUGACGGACACCACGGCGGCCGGUGGCGACGCGCCGCGCGCGCCGGUGGACCUCGUGACGGUUCUCGACGUCAGUGGCAGCAUGAACGGGUACAAGUUGGCGCUGCUGAAGCAGGCCAUGCGGUUCGUCAUCGCCAAUCUCGGCCCCGACGACCGCCUCUCCGUUGUGUCCUUCUCCACGAAGGCGCGCCGGGUGACCAGGCUCGCGCGCAUGUCGGAGGCCGGGAAAGCCCUCUCCGUGAGCGCCGUGGAGUCCCUCACGGCGGGCGGCGGCACCGACAUCGCCCAGGGGCUCAGUAUGGCAGCCAUGGUACUCGACCAGCGCCGGCACAGGAACGCCGUCUCCAGCGUCGUGCUCCUCUCCGACGGCCAGGACAACUACAUCAUGAUGAGGCGCGAUGGGCCGUCCGGCGUCCAUGCGAACAACUACGAGGAGCUCGUCCCGCGCUCCUUCACGCGCACUGGCGCUGACGGCGACUGGUCGGCACCGAUCCACACCUUCGGCUUCGGGAACGACCACGACGCGGCCGCGAUGCACGUCAUCGCCGAGGCGACGGGCGGCACGUUCUCGUUCAUCGAGAACGAGGCGGUGAUCCAGGACGCGUUCGCCCAGUGCAUCGGCGGGCUGCUCUCCGUCGUGGUCCAGGAGGCACGCAUCGCCGUCUCGUGCGUGCACCCCGGGGUUCGUGUUGUCUCCGUCAAGUCCGGCCGUUACGAGAGCCGCGUCGACGAGGACGGCCGCGCUGCGUCCUUUCGAGUCGGGGAACUCUACGCCGACGAGGAGAGGCGUUUCUUGCUGUUUCUGGCUGUGCCAAGAGCCGAAGCGACCGACGGUGACACCACCGCUCUUGUGACAGUGGCAUUCAGCUACAGAGACGCGGCGACCGGCGCCGACGUGAGCGUGGCGGCCAAGGAUACAGUGGUGGCGAGGCCGGAGCACGCGCCGAACGCGUCGGAGCGGUCGGUGGAGGUUGAGCGGGAACGCGUCCGUGUAGAUGCGGCGGCGGACAUCGCGGCAGCAAGGGCGGCAGCGGAGCGGGGCGAGCACCAGGAGGCAGUGAAGAUACUCAAGAACCGGCAGCGUGCAGUGGCGCUGUCAGAGGCGGCGCGCGACGGCGACCCCGUGACCGUGGCGCUGGAGGUCGAGCUCCAGGAGAUGCGGGGGCGCGUGUCGAACAGGCAGACCUACGCGCUGUCGGGUCGGGCGUACAUGCUCGCCGGCAUGAGCGCGCACCAGCAGCAACGCGCCACCUCGAGGCCGAUGCCGAUGUCGCUGAGAGUAAGUCACGACGGAGCGGUUGAGGCAGUUGCGGAGGCGUCCAACGAGGCGACGAUGUCGUACGCGACGCCGGCCAUGCGCGCCAUGCUGCUGCGCUCGCGAGAGGCCCGGGAGGCGUCGGCCGAGCAAAGGCAGCAGCCCAAGGCUGAAGAAGAAGAUGACGGGAGCUCCGAACCCAAGAUCCAAACUCCAAAGGACACGUGAAGCAGUAGCCGUUAUGCACAUACGAAAAUGGAGUAUAGGCUACGUACAUUUCGAAUAAGUUGGAGUUCGAAUAAUUUUAUGGGGACUGAUCUGCGCCGACGGGGCCGCGCGCGAGCCGCAGGAUCCAUCAACCCGGCGUUGUCCGUAUCGUUGGAUCCGUAUGCAACAUUUUUCUCUCUAUGCAGCAAAAUUUCGAUACUAUGUAGCAAUUUUUUAACGGUU